UCAUCUAGGCCAACACCAUCCUGUACGGCCACUCAUUGGUAAGAGUUACUGACAAGCACAUCAUGCAGUGGACAUUAUCUUUAUGAAUGAUUCGUCCAUUCUGAGGCGUCGGUCGGCGAGAUGGCUUGGCAGCGGAUGUGCGUCACUUAGUCAACCAAAAACACUUUCGUCAAUUAUUUGUUCAAUGUUGAAUCGAAGGCAACAUAAUAAUGCAAUUGUAUUUUCGCAUGUUUCUCCACUCGCUCACUUGAGAUAGCAGAUUAUAUCCAUGUAUACGCAUACGUUAGGCGUAUGUUGGCAUGAUGAUAAAUGUUGUGUGAUUGGGACGAUAAGUUAAUUACAACGUAAUGCAGGACUGGAGCGAGGUCGAACUUCAAUUCUCUAAUUUGAUUGUUUAACGGAGGAACGAUGUUAUUGCAGAUCUAAAGAAAAAGUGGAAGGAAACAGUCAUCGAUUUUUCCUCAGUGAACAAAUGUAUUUAAGGCCACAUCGUCAUUCAGUUUUAUAAUCAGCAUCGCGGCCAUAAUUGACCGAUAUAAAAACUAGCGAGUUAACGGAACGCACAGGGAAUUCGAAGUCGUCGCAAUUAUCCUUUUAGAGCCCCUUGGCCCACUGCCGGUAAAGCCUCCACGAGCGGAGCCGAGAGACACCGUCUGUCAGCAAGACGUCAAACAUACUACUGGGGGAGACCGAUAUCCUAUCCAUCCAAUACGCCGAGUGUCUUUUUGGGACGAGACGGACUGAUGAGCUAUAUGGUGUAGCGCAUUCGUAAGCCGACCGGAUGAGUUUGGAGCCGUUUCAGUGCCCGUAAUAGUCUCAUACUUAUUCAGCAUCUUCUACAACAUCAUGGAUUUUCUUCAGGAGCAUCUCGCGAUGCAUUGAUAGAACAUCCCGAGUUCACUGCUACAAAAACCAUGGAAGACUCCCAGGUGACGGAUGAUCAGGACCCCGUCGUGUCACCGAUGUCGGCGAUGACGACGACCGCACCGUCACCAUCUCCGCCGGUCCUGGGGAUAUCGGUCCUCCUUCUGGUCAUCCUGGCCGGAAUUCUCGGCAACAUCCUCGUGUGCCUCGCCGUGACUCAGUUCCGGACACUCCGGACGGUGGCCAAUUUCUACGUGGUGUCUCUGGCGGUGGCGGACGUCCUGGUCUGCACCGCCGUCAUGCCCCUGGCGCUGUACCAGGAGGCGACUGGGGGAAUGUGGUACCUGCCCGGCCCGCUCUGCAAGAUCUGGGGCGCCAUGGACAUCAUGCUAUCCUCCUCCUCCAUUCUUCACCUGUGCGCGAUCUCCAUCGAUCGCUUCAACGCCAUUACGAAGCCAAUUAAAUAUGUGGCCAAGCGGACGGCUAAGAUGGCCUUCACGCGCAUCGCCAUCGUGUGGAUGCUGUCCGCUCUCGUCUCAAUCCCGGCUUUCUUUCUCUUCCAGAAAGAAAAUGACCUUUGCGUCCCGAAUGACACCACAAACGUCUAUGCAUGGUGUUCCUCUUCGAUAUCCUUUUACAUCCCAUGUGUUGUUAUCCUGAUCGUGUACUUCAAGAUUUACAACGCUGCAAAGCGGCGAGCCAGACGGGUCAUACACCCAGGCCCCGUCUGCACAAUCUCUGCAAAUAUCAGGCAACAUGCGGCGGUUUCCCAGUCCUCCUUUCAAGAUGAGGGACGGUCAAAUCAAUUGUCGAGCCCGGCGAUAGCGGACAGGCCAGACAGUGUGCAGUCGGUCGAACCCGUUCCACCGGGCGUUCCCGUCCGCGACGUCGUGCCGGUGACAGCCAUGCUGUCAACCCGAGCCGAGGCCCAGUCGCGAAUCUCCCUGGCUCGUGAGCGCAAAGCGGCCCGGACCAUCGGCAUCGUGGUCGGUGCAUUCAUCGUCUGCUGGCUGCCAUUCUUCAUCUUGCACAGCAUCUUUAAUCCCAUGUGUUCCUCUGGACACGAGGGGCUUUCCUGCGAGGCUGUUCCCACGCUGUACCGCAUCUUCACUUGGGUUGGCUGGUGCAACUCCUCACUAAAUCCCAUCAUCUAUACCGUCUUCAAUCGAGAGUUUCGUCAGGCUUUUAAGAAACUCCUAAAGUGCAGAAAGAACUAGUAUUGCAAGUACUCGGACCACUCCCUGGACUCAAGAGCUAUUAAGAUCGAAUGUGGGUGGUAAAAGUUAUCAAAAUAUGAACGAAUUUAGCUAUUUUCUCCCAUGUAGGCCUACUUCACCACUCUAUUCUCGCGUUACAUGUGUUACUCGCCAUAAUGUACUGAGAAUGGAUUUACUGUUGAUGAUAGAACUGAUACCCUUAAUCCAUUUAAACGGACUUUAUUUUCGUAUGGACAGAGUAUUGGUUCAAUUCAGCAAACUCUAUUAACCGGAUAUUGGCAUUUCUUGCACGUGGAUCACACCCCACCCCACCCCCACCCCAAAGCAAUCUGUCCUUAAAUUUGAAUGAUUAGUCAAAUUGUUUAACAGUUCAUUCAACAGAAUAAGAAAGAAAAAGUGUUGGGUGCAUAUUUGUGAAAAGGGCAAUGAUCAAGUUAUCGAAAAUUGUAAUCAAAUAAAAAUCAAGUUAUCGGAAUAUGCAAUCAAAUAAAAUGUCUUGUUUUACUCACUGAUAUUACACGUAUGAUGACCCAUCAUUCAACCCAAGCUUACAGUUACAAACCUGUCGCUAACUAUGUCUUUUUAAAACAGCAAGUGCAUCAUAAUUAUGUAGGUACGAGACAUAGUUUUGAACUUAAAAAUCUACAACGGUCACCAUUUUGCCAAAUAACACAUAAGUAGGCCCUAUAUUAUUAUUAGCAACGAGACAUUUAUUAGUAAAAGGGCGUGAAAAUUCGGUGAUCUGUGGACGAAACG